CUUCAUGAAGUUCUGCGUUUACCCUUAGUGAUCGCACAGUGAGACAGCUGUCAGUCUCUGACGUCAGAGCAGCGUCAUUAAUUAGAGAGGAGCUGGUUGCUGUCCAAGGUGCUGAAUCCGGAGCCUGGUCUUUCAGCGCAAAGCAGCCUCAACAGGUGUAUGUGGGUGAGUGUGUGUGUGUGUGUGUGUGUGUAUGUGUAUGUGUGCAUUGACUUUAACAUUCAGGACAUAUGGAUUUAGUGUAACAACUUAUAAGAAGUUGUCAAUGUACUGAAGGGGGAGAAUAUUUAAGGACGACUGACUGUAUUUCCUAAAAGUUGUGCAAGACGAACUUGUUUUCUUUCUGCUCAGCAUCAUGGAUCUGCUCCCUGCCCAGGAGGCUGCAAAAAUCUACCACACUAACUAUGUGAGAAACUCGCGGGCCAUCGGAGUCAUGUGGGCCGUGUUCACCAUCUGCUUCGUCAUCAUCACUGUGGUGGUCUUCAUCCAGCCCUACUGGAUCGGGGACAGCGUCAACACCCCGCAGGCAGGCUAUUUUGGCCUCUUCCACUACUGCAUUGGCAAUGCACUCACCUCGGAGCUCACCUGCAAGGGCAGCGUGCUGGACUUCGCCUCCAUCCCUUCACCGGCCUUCAGGACUGCCAUGUUCUUUGUGGGGACCUCCAUGCUGCUGAUUGUGGGCACGAUGGUCUGUUUCAGCUUGUUCUUCUUCUGCAACGCAGGGAACGUCUUCAAGAUUUGUGCAUGGAUGCAGCUGGCCUCAGCUGUGUUGAUGGUGAUGGGCUGCAUGAUCUACCCGGACGGCUGGGACUCUCCAGAGGUGAAGAGGAUGUGCGGCCAGAGGACGGAUAAGUACACGCUAGGGAACUGCACGGUGCGCUGGGCCUACAUCCUGGCCAUCAUCAGCAUCCUGGACGCCCUGCUCCUGGCAUUUCUGUCCUUCACCCUCGGCAACCGGCAGGACAAGCUGCUGCCGGAUGACUUUGAGGUGGAAGGAGCAGAAAACACCUAAUGAACACAGCUCUUCAGGACCUCAGUAUGAUGCAGAUUUACUUUGACGACAAUGAACAACCACCCUGAAACGUCUUCACACAGCUUGGAUCCAGCUGUUCACCUGACUUGCCUUUUUUAUGUUUCCUGCUGUUUUCAUAGCUAUGGUGACACUGGUUCACUGACAUUAUUUAGCAGUCCUUUCCUGCUUCACAAAUCCUGCGCUUCGUAUUAAACACUUAAUAACCUCAGAGAAACGAGCUUGACACAGUCAUUUUGUGUUGUAUGAAUAUCUGUUUUAUUGAAUGGUGUUGUACAGUUUUUUAAAUUGACAGCUCACAUAAAGUCUAUGUUCUUGAACCUGACACUGAUGUGAAAUUUGUUUUUACCGAGGCCCCAACAGAUACAUAGGUCAUUUCGAUAUGAUCAAAUUGUGACACCAUUACAUAACACCAGAUCUCAUCAUUUCUAAGGUAAAAACAGUGAAAUUAUUGAACAGUUGGCCAUACACACAACUGAACUCGAACACAUCUUCCAUACGCUUUAUUAAAACACAGCUACCCAGCUAAAUAAUUUUAGCUAAGAUAUAAGAUUUGUUAAAAACUGUACAUAACUGUAAUAUACAUAAAGGCAAACUCUUUGGUACAGAUAUAUACAGUUUAUUUUCACUUUUUUUUCCUUUAAAUUGGGCUUAGCAUGUUGUCUUGUUGAAACCUUUAAAACACUAUAUUCCUGAAUUGUAAUAGGUGUAUGAGAAUACCAGCCUCCCACGAGAAUGAAAAAUCUCACUUAUUAUAAAUAAUUAACCACACUAAAUACCAGGUGACAAUGGAUUUGUAAUAUGACAUGUCAGACAGUAGAAGUUUCAGUAAGAAACUAGACAUUCUGUCUCAAGAAAUGCUAUUACUAUAGUCAGUGUAAAUGUCAGCCCGGUGUGCAACUUCCUAAGCCUACUUUACAAAUACAAAAUACAUACCUUACAUGUGUAAUAAGAUAAAAUUAUUUUUU